GACCAAUCUAUCGACACUGUUUUAACACUAAAAAAUUCAAACUCCAGCCUAACUGUCAAAAUUACAACAUUUAAACAAUUUAAUUUUAUUUACUUUCUUUUGGGUGGAUGUACGACCUCCUGCAUAAAAUGUCUUUGCUUGGACCAUUUGUGAGGAAUAUCACAAAUACAGCACUCAAUCGACAGCCAAGUUCAUAUUUGUGCCUAUUGAAACAACUGAGGGAUACUCCACCCAAUCAGAAAAUUAGUCCAAAAAUUUCCGUUGUUGGAGCGGGACAGGUGGGAAUUUCGAUUUGUGCAUUUCUAAUACAACGUAAUCUUGCCAGGCAUUUGGUUAUCCAUGAUAUACGUUACGAUUGGGCCAAAGCCGAAGCCUUGGAUUUACUUCAUGCGUCGUGUUGGCUAAAGAAUCCUCACAUAGAGGCAUGUGGCGAUGGUUCUCAUACCAAAGAUUCAGACAUUGUAAUUGUAACAGCCGGAGCCCGUCCGGUUGGUAAAGAUCGUUCACGUUUACUCGUUAUGAAGAAAACCGUUGAGAUUCUAAAAUUGGCUAUGCCCAAACUGAUCGAACUAAGUCCUAAGGCAGUGUUCGUGAUUGUCAGCAAUCCAGCAGAUGUUAUGACUUAUGCAAUACAACGUAUUUGCAAAUUGGAGAAACAUCGUUGUUUUACCACAGGCUGCAGUUUGGACUCGGCUCGAUUUCGUUUUCUUAUAGCUCAACGACUGAAAGUCCCAACAACAGAAGUUGAAGGUUAUGUAAUUGGGGAGCAUGGGAAUAGUGCAGUUCCCGUGUGGUCAAGUGUUACAGUAGGUGGAGUGCCAUUGGUCAAAGUGGUCAGAGAUUUAGGCACUUCCAUGGAUACAGAAAAUUGGAAUAACCUAUUUAAAGAUGUUACCCAAGCAGGUGCAAGUGUGGGUAAUAUCAAAGGUUAUACGAAUUGGGCAAUAGCAUUAUCCGCAGUUAAUGUCGUGGAAGCAAUGUUGGAGAACUCAGGUCGUAUACUUUGUUUGGGCACCGAUAUGCAGGGCAUGAAUUCCAUAGGUCAACAAGUGGUCCUCUCGUUACCUUGUAAGGUUACCUCCACAGGUAUAAGUCAUGUACUUCAAUUGCCGCUCACUGCUCUGGAACAAGAGAAACUUCAUAAAUCUGCUGAAGUUCUAAUGAAGGCUCAAUGCUCGCUGGAAUUGUGAACAAAAUCUGUAGUGAAUCGUUUUAAUAAACGCUUUUUUUUUAAACGAAAAA